AUGGCGAUGAAUCUUGAUCUCUCCAAUGCGGCGGUGAUGAAGGAUGAGCAGGGCCGGCCGUUCAUUGUUGUUAGAGAUCAAGGAAAGAAGAAGAGGCAAUAUGGAAACGAGGCGGUCAAGUCACACAUUCUAGCUGCUAGGACAGUGGCAAAUAUCGUCAAGUCUUCGCUAGGACCUCGCGGCCUGGACAAGAUCCUCAUUUCUCCCGAUGGCGACAUUACCGUAACCAACGACGGUGCAACGAUCCUGCAGCAAAUGGAGAUUACCAACCACGUUGCCAAGCUUCUGGUUGAAUUGUCCAAGUCGCAGGAUGACGAGAUCGGUGACGGCACGACGGGUGUUGUUGUGCUGGCGGGCGCGCUUCUGGAACAGGCAGCUGAGCUCAUCGACAAGGGCAUUCACCCCAUCCGUAUCGCCGACGGCUACGACCAAGCUUGUGACAUUGCUGUCGCAGAGCUGGAUGCCAUCUCAGAUGUUAUAGAAUUUAGCAAGGACUCGACAGAGAACCUGGUCAAAGUCGCAAGGACAAGUUUGGGAAGCAAGAUCGUGUCAAAGGCGCAUGACCAGUUCGCCAACAUUGCGGUAGAUGCCGUACUGUCAGUGGCUGAUUUGGAAAGAAAAGACGUCGACUUUGAACUUAUCAAGGUGGACGGCAAGGUCGGAGGCUCACUCGAGGACACGCUUUUGGUCAAGGGCGUUAUUAUUGACAAAGACUUUUCACACCCCCAAAUGCCAUCAGAAGUCCGAGAUGCCAAGAUUGCUAUCUUGACAUGCGCUUUUGAACCCCCGAAGCCAAAGACGAAGCACAAGCUGGAGAUCUCAUCAGUCGAAGAGUUCAAGAAACUGCAGAACUAUGAGAGGGAAAAGUUCAUUGAGAUGAUUCAGCAGAUCAAAGACACAGGAGCCAACCUCGCGAUUUGCCAAUGGGGCUUUGAUGAUGAGGCCAACCACCUGCUGCUACAGAACGAGCUUCCCGCUGUUCGGUGGGUUGGUGGUCCUGAAAUAGAGUUGAUUGCAAUUGCAACCAACGGCAGGAUAGUCCCUCGCUUCGAGGACCUCAAGCCAGAGAAACUGGGCACUGCAGGUGUAGUGCGUGAGAUGACCUUUGGCACGACGAGAGAGAAGAUGCUGGUCAUUGAGGAGUGCGCAAAUACCCGGGCUGUUACCGUGUUCGUCAGGGGAAGCAACAAAAUGAUCAUCGACGAGGCCCGCCGCUCACUGCAUGAUGCUCUAUGUGUCGUCCGAAACCUCGUCCGCGAUAACCGUGUUGUUUAUGGAGGUGGCGCUGCCGAAAUCGCCUGCAGUUUGGCGGUUGAGGAUGCUGCUGUCAAGACGCCCGGCUUGGAGCAGUACGCGAUGCGCGCUUUUGCCGAAGCCCUUGACACGGUGCCCAUGACACUCGCUGAGAACAGCGGUCUGAAUCCGAUCGCUACGUUGGCCGAGGUCAAGUCGCAGCAAGUCAAGUCUGCGGGUGGUCGCGGACGUCUUGGUGUUGACUGCAUGGGCCGUGGCAACAACAACAUGAAGGACGCAUUCGUCAUUGAUCCUCUCAUUGGCAAGAAGCAACAGCUUAUGCUUGCCACUCAGCUGUGCCGUAUGGUGCUCAAGGUUAACAAUGUUAUCGUUUCUGGAUCCGGUGAGGAGGAUUUCUAA